AUGAGUGAUGGAUAUCAAGGAGGAAAUCAAUGGCAGCCACGAGGAGAAAAUAAAUGGAGGCCGUAUGGACGAGGAAGAGGUGGCGGUGGAGGAUGGAGAGGAAAUGAUAAUCGAGGAGGAUACAGAGGUGGAUAUAAUCAACAAGUGAAUGAUGGUGGUUGGGGAAAUUAUGGAGGAAAUCAGAAUCAAAGGAGAGGUGGUGAAGGUGGAGGAUAUCAAGGAAAUCGAGGAAACCGAGGAAAUUACUAUGGAGGAAAUCAAAACAACUUUAAUAACGGAAAUCGUGGAAGAGGGCGUGGUGGACAAGGAUUUCAGCGAGAUAACAGAGGAAGAGGUGGCAAAGGAGGACACUCCAACCAUGGGCCGAUUGAUUCAAGCAAGUGUCUGAUACCAGCAAUGAUGGGCAAUCCUUGGCGAAAAUUAGAACAAGAAUACGAAGAGGAAUACGGACUGACAAUUACAGAGAAAAUGGAGCCCGCUAACACUGCAACAAAACCAACAGAAUCGACUUGA